UACCAUGGAAAAGAAACGAAAACUUACAUUUUCUUCAGACUAUUGCUGCUUUUGUCAAAAGCAGUUUAUUUCAACUGGCAAACAAACACUAAACCCACUUAAGUUUGAUACAUUGCUAUCUAUUUGCAAGGAACAAAAUAAUGAAAUAUCACAAAAUAUUGUCGCAAAUGAAGACAACAUUAGAAAUGGUGAUGUAAAAUUGUCAUAUCAUAAAAACUGUCGAACAAAAUUUAUAUAUUUAAAACCAUUUAAUUCCAAACCAGAUGUAGAAAAUGGUGCCUCUACAUCAAAUAGUGAUCUUGCGACACCACCAAAGUAUACCAGGUCACAGUCAGAUCAGUUUAGUUGGAAAGAAAAUUGUUUCAUAUGUGGGUGCAAGUGUAGCACCAAACAUCGUUCUAAAUGGUCAAUGGUUGAAGGAUCAAUUGAUGAAAAUUCUAAAAUGUAUUCACAACUGUUAAAUAUAUCUUCAUCAAAAAAUGACAUGAACUUACACUCAAGAUUGUUAAGUUGUAAAGGAGAUUUGGUGUCUGUGGAGGCUAGAUAUCAUAGGGGCAGUAAAAACAAAAAUUGCUUGUCUAAGUAUCUGCUGAAUUUGCCUAGCCCAAAUACUGAUAAAGUUCUUGACCAGAGCAUUUUAGAAAAAGUAUGUACACAGUUGAAAAAUGAGUUACAUAUUGAGACUGAAACAAAACGAAGUGUACUUGAAUUGACUGAUUUAAAAUCGAGAAUGAUUGAACUUUUUGAAAAACACGGAAUGGAAAUUGGAGUUUCGAUGAUGCGCACUAACAGAUUAAAAGUUGCCUUUGGAAAAGUUUGGCCGGAACUUAUGUUUAUUCCACGGGAAGGUACCACCGACCUCGUUUGUUCACGAGAGAUUGAUGUUGAUGAAGCGUUAGCAAAGUAUGUCAAGUUAGAGAAGUCUUUUCAGUCGGCAGCCGAACAGAAUGAUAUUGAAGAAUGCCUAUCCAGUGUAUUCUUAGAUGAAAAUGCAAAUGAAAACACAGUUUUGUAUGAAGCAGCUGUUAUAUUGAGAAGACGAAUUCAGCAGUCACAUGGCCUUGACAAUAUGUACUUUUCUAAAGAUGAGAUCAACAUUAACGAACAGGUCAAAUUCUUAGAUCCUUUAUUGUUCCAAUUUGUAAAUUGGGUAGCCUCUGAUUCAAAGCUAGAAGAUAGUCAUAAUGAUCCAGACCAGAGAAUAGUAUCUGUGUGUUCAGAUAUCACAUAUCUAGUUAAACAUGUGAUAACUCCCAAACACCUCGGAUUAUCCAUAUAUCUCCACCACUCAUUCGGGAGUAAGAAACUGAUAGAGGAUUUACACAGUCACGGAUACACAUUGUCUUACAACGAAUAUAGACAGUUCUUAACAUCUGCAGCAUUACAUGCAUCAUCCAUGCAGAAGAAGACAUUUUCAGGUGCAAUUAUCCCUGCUCAUAUGUCACGGGAAGAAAGACCUGAUGAUGACCUAAUCGUAGUUGCAGCGGACAACUGGGACCACAACGAAGCAACGCUUAGUGGGAAACAGUCUACACAUGCCAUGACAAGUAUCCUGGUAACUGGAAGCAACCGGUGUGCAUCAGAGCGCAUACCUAGAGUGUCAGAACGGUCAAUCAAUCUAUCAAGUCUACCAGGUAUAAUAAAAUAACACGUAGAGUAAUAUUUUAGUUUUACUAUUAUCGAUAUAAUAUAAUAAUAAGAAGAACAGUUAUAUUUUAUAAUAAUGAUGAUGACUUAUUAUUAUUAUUAUACAAGAAUAUUGAUAUAAUAAGUAAUAAUAAGUAGCAAUGUUUUUAAAAUGACAUGACAGUAAAAGAACAUGUUCAUUUCAUAAUAUAGGAUGUUUGAUAUUCAUGUAAGUAACUGCA